CCGCCGCCGUGCCGCGAAAUCUCCCGCGAUCUGAAGCAUGUUGCCAGACCAUUGAGGUCCGAGAAGAAGGAUGCGGUGCACGGUUGCAAGAUCGAAGCUCCGCGCAGCCCUGGCCCAUCUUCGCCAGAGACGAGGACACGGGCAAGGUCGCUGUCGGAGAGAAGCCGACGUCUCUCCGAGAUCUCACUUCAGGGACUGGAGAAGCUUCAGGAGAAGCAGGCUGCGGCGGUGCGGCUGAAAACGAUGCGUCCAUUGAGCCCGCGGCAGUGCCGUGGAGCCAGCCCCGUGGACCCUGUGGACGCCAUGGGCCAGCACGGAACGAGUUCAGGCCCUGUUGUUGCCGAUGCGUCUACAUCGACAAGACCUUCGCAGGCCAGGCGGGCUUCAUUGCCGAGCUCUCACGACCGCUGCGGAUACGACGCUGUUUUCAG